CCGGCGCCCAAUUGGGGCGGGGAGUGAAGCCCGGAACAGUAGGGAGGAUGGAGCUGGGCUCCCGGCAUGCGGGUUCUUAGCGGGGGCAACGGGGGCGGUAGGGGGCCCCGGGGGCCCGACGGGCCGGGAGAAGCUGCGCUCGGUGCCUUCAUCCUCUUCUUGCUGCUGCUACUACUGCUGCUGUUGUUGCUCCGAUCCAGGCGGCAGGCCCGCUUCCCCCCGGGCCCUGCGGGGCUACCGUUCAUUGGCAACAUCUUCUCCCUGGCCGCCUCCGCGGAGCUGCCACACGUCUACAUGGAGCAGCAGAGCCGCGUGCAUGGCCAGAUUUUCAGCUUAGAUCUCGGAGGUUUGUUCACUGUGGUCCUGAAUGGCUAUGAUAUGGUAAAAGAAUGUCUCAUUCAUCAAAGUGAAAUUUUUGCUGACAGACCUGCCCUUCCAUUGUUCAAGAAGUUGACCAAAAUGGGAGGUUUGCUCAACUCUACCUAUGGCCGGGGCUGGCUAGACCAUCGAAGGCUAGCCGUGAACAGCUUUCGUUGCUUUGGCUCUGGUCAGAAAUCCUUUGAAUCCAAAAUUGCUGAAGAAGCCAAAUGUUUCAUUGAUGCUGUGGAUACAUACCAAGGGAAACCCUUUGAUCUUAAACAGUUGAUAACCAAUGCUGUUUCAAACAUCACCAAUGUGAUUAUUUUUGGAGAACGUUUUUCCUACGAAGACACUGAAUUUCAGCACAUGAUUGAGAUCUUCAGUGAGAAUGUGGAGUUGGCUGCCAGUGCCUCCGUCUUCUUGUAUAAUUCUUUCCCCUGGAUUGGUAUCUUCCCCUUUGGGAAACACCAACAACUUUUUAAGAACGCUGCUGUGGUCUAUGAUUUUCUCUCUAAAAUUAUUGAAAAGGUAUCUGCCAAUAGGAAGCCACAGUCACCUCAGCAUUUUGUAGAUGCAUAUUUAGAUGAGAUGGACAAAGGAAGAAAUGACCCAGGCUCCACAUAUUCCAAAGAAAACCUGAUUUUCUCUGUGGGAGAACUCAUCAUCGCCGGAACAGAAACAACCACCAAUGUACUACGAUGGGCAAUUCUUUUUAUGGGCCUUUAUCCUAACAUUCAAGCGCAAGUUCACAAAGAGAUUGAUUUAAUUGUGGGUCCCAACAGGACACCUUCUUUGGAGGACAAGCCUCAAAUGCCAUAUACAGAGGCAGUUCUGCAUGAAGUUUUGAGGUUCUGUAACGUCGUCCCACUUGGGAUUUUCCAUGCAACGUCUCAAGAUACAGUCGUGCGGGGUUAUUCCAUUCCUCGAGGCACCACAGUAAUUACCAAUCUUUAUUCUGUGCACUUUGACAAAAAGUACUGGAAAGACCCAGAAGUGUUUUAUCCGGAGCGAUUUCUGGACAGUCAGGGGCAGUUUGUUAAGAAAGAAGCACUGGUUCCUUUCUCACUAGGAAGAAGACAUUGUCUUGGAGAACAGCUGGCCAGGAUGGAAAUGUUUUUGUUUUUCACAUCAUUGCUUCAGCGAUUCCACUUGCAUUUUCCACCCGACUUAGUUCCAAACCUCAAGCCCAAAUUAGGCAUGACACUGCAGCCACUGCCGUACCUCAUCUGUGCAGAAAAACGGUAGUGGUCACAUCUGGCCAAAAACCAGAUAGUAUGAAGACUGGGAUAUUCAAACUCUGAAAGGUUCUGCCAGAAUUUAUUAUUUUUUUUUUUAGAUUUUUGGAAAUUUUUAUUUAAUUUUUCCAUGGUUACAAGAUUCAUGUUCUUUCCCUUCCCUCCCCUUAGCCCCCUCACGUAGCUGACACACAAUUCCACUGGGUUUUACAUGGGUCAUUGAUCAAGUCCUAUUUCCAUAUUAUUGAUAUUUGCACUGGGGUGAUCAUUUAGAGUCUACAUCCCCAAUUUCUUUAUCUGAAAAUUGCUUAUUCAUGUCCCUUGCCCAUUUAUUAGUUGGGGAAUGGCUUGAUUUUUUGGUAACAAUUGACUUAGUUCCUUAUAAAUUUGAGUAGUUAGACCUUUGUCAGAGGCUUUUGUUUAAAGAUUUUUUCCCAAUUUGUUUCUUCCCUUCUAAUUUUGGUUGCAUUGGUUUUGUUUGUACAAAACCUUUUUAAUUUAAUGUAAUCAAAAUUAUUUAUUUUACAUUUUGUAAUUUUUUUCUAUCUCUUGCUUGGUCUUAAAAAACUUUUCCUUUCCCAAAGAUCUGACAGGUAUACUAUUCUAUGUUCAUCUAAUUUACUUAUAGUUCCCUUCUUUAUAUUCAAGCCAUUCUGAGUUUACCUUGGUGUAGGGUGUGAGAUGUUGAUCUAAACCUAAUAUCUCCUAUACUGUUUUCCAAUUUUCCCAGGAGUUUUUGUCAAAUAGUGGAUUUUUGUCCCAAAAGCUGGGAUCUUUGGAUUUAUCAUAAACUGUCUUGCUGAGGUCACUUACCCCAAUUCUAUUCCACUGAUUGUCCCUCCCAUCUCUUAGCCAGUACCAUAUUGUUUUGAUGACCAUUGCUUUAUAGUAUAGUUUAAGAUAUGGCAUUACUAGGCCAUCUUCCUUCACAUUUUUUGUCAUUUCCCUUGAUAUUCUUCCAAAUGAACUUUGUUGUUUUUUUUCUAAUUCAGCAAAAAAGUUUCUUGGUACUUUAAUGGGUAUGGCACUAAACAAGUAAAUUAGUUUGAGUAGGAUUGUCAUUUUUAUUAUGUUAGCUCAUCCUACCCAUGACCAUUUAAUUUAAUGAGUCAGAAUUUAAACAAAGGUCAUAUUGUCAUAACUUUAUUUGAAACAAACUAUUUCCAGAAGUCUAAAUUGAUCAAAUCUGGCCUUGGAUAGUUCCUCGCUGUGUGACCCUGGGCAACUCCCUUAACCCCCAUUGCCUAGCCCUUACUGUUCUUCUGCCUUAGAACCAAUACACAGUAUUGCUUCUAAGACAGAAGGCAAUGGUUUAAAAAAGCCUAAAUUGAAAAAUACAACUGUAAAUGAUUUGUACAUAGGUUUCUAAAUAUAUAGUUGUACCCCCAAACCUAUCUUUUGAACUCUGACCCCUUUUCAUCAAGAUUCCUGAUCUACUUAUAAAUGUAAAUGCAGGAGGAAUAUAAAUCCAGAGAGAGGACUUCUAGACAAUUUCCUGCCUCCUCCUUGGGGGCAGAGUUACAGCAAGAAUAAAUAUGGAGAACAAAGUUCUAAGGGUGGUGUUGGUAGGCACCAAAUGCUGGCCCUUCUCCUUGGCUUCAAGGUCAGGCCCUUGUCAAAGUAAGGUUGUUCCUUGCCUCCAAACUGGAAGAAUUGAGUUAAUGUUAACUAAUGACGCUAAGGUUCAUGAAAUAAAUAAAAGCUUAGGAUUCCCUUGUUCGUACA